CUCGAAAACAUGGACGUUCGUGUGUGUAGCUGCACGUCGGCAGCAAGUUUUUUAGUUUCCCGCGGAUUCUUUCCCUGUGCGCCCCAAGCUCCCUCUGUUGCAUUUGACAUCAAUAUGAUGGAACUUGUGGCGACGUUAUUCUUGAGGGUGGCACCGAACAUCACGGCAUGGGCAUCUACUCUAGAGACCUUCCUCGGGGCCAGACAGUUCAAGCUUCGCACAAGGUACUCGGUGCGACGCCGUUUGGGCAACACGCUCAACUGGUACAUGCACCUAACAAACUGCGUUACAGCGAAGGUUGAUGAAGCUAUCAACGCUGUCCGAUCAGUGUCUGCACCAUUUCCGCCCUCCGUAUGUCCAGGCGUUGAAACUUCGGCCGACUCUCCGCCGCAGAAUCCCAGCUGCGAUGCGCCGACUUCAGCGUCGGAGCAUCAGCAACAGCCGUCUUCCCCCCUUCCCGGAUCCCAUGCAGAGGAAGCAAGACCAAGUCUUUAUUUACGGUCGCGAUGUCCUCUAUGCUUUGCGGGUGUUAGCAGCCGCGACGAAUCUAUGGAAUUUGAUGUGAUCGUAUGCAUCGAUGCCUGUUUCAGUCAAAAACGGCGCUCUGGCCCGCGCGAUCCAAUGAAGGUUCAUCCGGACACCUUUUUUAUGCCCGAUGCUGAAGUGAAAGCCAUGGAAGACUUCGUAGCAGAGUGUCGAAGCAAGCCUGCUUCAUCGCAGAAUGACGGCAAAGGAAAGGGGAAGAAAAGGGCAGCCCCGGACCCAACAUCUGGCAAGGACGCGACAACGGAGCCCGACAAAUGCGAGGGACCUCUUCAGGUCCCAAAUUCGGUUCUUGAUGGUUGCGAAGCUUCUUUCAAAGCUGCCGACGAACGACGCGAAAAAGCGAGCACCACCUUCUUUGACGACACUGGCCUUGUGGCGUUGCUCUGUCGACACGAUUGUACUCUGUGGGUGGCUAAUAUGACCAGCGCGGGGGAACGCCAGCACUACGCUCUUGCGCUGAUCAACAAAUUAUUUCAACAUAUACCAGUUUCAUGGCGUGCUGGCAUCCUAUACGACAUUGGCUGUCAAAUUCAUCGGAGCGUCUUCAAAUGGGGGUUCUUGUGCGAUAUCCGUGAUCGCAUAACCUUCGCGAUAUCAGUCCUUCAUGCCUACGGGCACCAGUGGCCGUGCCAGUGUUGCUAUCACCCGCGAAAGUGCAGUGGCUUUGGUCUCUCCGAUGGUGAAGGGUGCGAGCGGCUAUGGAGCGCCCUCAAUCACCUGGUCUCAGUACUGAGGGGAAGCGGGUACUACCAACGGAGAUAUCUCCUUGAUUGCCAGCUCCUUCAUCUGAUAUCGAAGCACUUGCUCAAUCUUGCGGUGUGGUUAUCGAGGCGGCACGAAAUGUGUCGCAUGCGAUUAUCUGAAGCCGAGAAAGAGAUUCGCGAGAGUGGUAUUGACGAAGAAUCACUUCGCGCGGAAUGGGCCAACCAGCGUGCUGUUCAGACCAAACCUAUCCCACGUGCGUACCGUAGGCAAUCAAAGAACGCGGGCACGAAGUACGUUGAAGUCAUCAUCGCCCUCGAUGAGCGCAUUCGCGAACUCGACCGCGCCAUCGCGGAUGGUAAUGCAAGCGUCCUCAAUGCCGAUCCUUUACAGGCAUUAGACUACCAGACUUUGUUGGAAGACGAUCGAAUGAACGCGCGAAAGAAGCUCGCCAAGUUUGAAGGCUUCCUGGAUGAACCAGCUCUUCGCAAUCUUCAAGCGCUGAGGAAAGAUCUCUUUCUUGGACGAAAAGCAAAUGCGCUUGCUCUCAAGACGCGGAUCCGAGAGAAAUUGCGACAACGCAAAUUCGAAUUGUCGAGGAUCGAGCAGUUGCGGUCCGGGCGUUCAUCAGAACGCAAACUACAUGGCCAUACGGCGACAGCCGUUCAAAGACGUGAAACCGGCAUUCGGGAUACCGUACAGCGAUACAACGCGCUGUGUCGCGAGAUGGACGCUUUGAUAAAAAAGGGCCAAGCACCGGCAGGAGCCGUCACGCCAGCCACAAUUGAUGUGACUACCUUCUGGAAGCUAGACGUGGACGACCCCAUCUGGCAAGACACAGGACUUCUGGAUGACGACGAUCAUGGCGCGACCUGUCCCGUUUGGCUCAGUGACAAACGGUAUCGAAACGGGAUACGUGCCAUGCUCGAGCGUGACCGCUGCCGAGAAGAGCUGGCACGCAUUUACAAGGAGCGCGGAACCAUGCAGAGCUGGCUUCUUGCGGAAUGG